AUUUCGUUAUUAUAUUUUAUUUGUCUAUUUCAUGAUUCCGCGGUAUACAACGCUGCUCGCCGUGUUGGUCUCGGCGCUCAUCUGAGUGACCUGCGUCUCCCUCUCAGGCUUCCUACGUCCAGCGAGCUGUUUGUCUAUCCGACGAGUGUGCACUGGGACGUGUUCACGCGUUCGCUCUCUGGCGUCUGCCGGUUUUCAUUUCAGCUCAGUUGGCUCGCCUAUAUCCCGAAAUAUCCCCUAGUGUCACCACGCUACAAGUGUUCCGUGGUCUCGGAUGUGUCUUAGCAGCAAGCUGUAUUCAUUUGCUGUCACGUGUGCUUCCGCGCCGUCCCGGGAAGGACCGGUGCCUUUCCUCCCAGCUGCCGCUGCAUAGGAGAAGGUGUCGUUUUUGGAGUCGACUAUCGCCUCUCAAUUUUAAUUCGCUAAUUCCCUAAGUUGCGAUACUACUGUUUAGUUGCACAAUUUGUUUUCUGGACCAGACGAGGAGAUGCAAACGGGCGUUUUUUUCUUUGGUGUCAAUGCUCAUACAUCACUGAAAGUUUCCCCGUCGCUUUGAAAACAAUCAUGUCUCUCGAUGUGACGUCGCGUAUGGGAUUAAUCCCGAGUCACCUGAUAAUUUCCAUCUCGUGUUUUAUAUCGAAACGGAUCACCAAGAGGUAAUUCCAUCUAUAACAGUAUGGAGAUGUUGAAGCAAAGUCUGGAUGACAAUGGACCAUUUUGACAGUCAUUACUCAAAGGAUUACGAGAUGGGCAGAAAGCACAUACAAACACAGGAGCCCUUUUCGCCGUUUGAUGCACAUCAGAGUGGGCCAUGCCGAUCUACAGUGCGACCCUCAUUUGCUUUGGAUCGGUCACAUGGCUGUAAACGUGAAUUCAAGGGUCUGAAGCAAUAUCUACCAAAGUGUGGUAGACUUGUUUCUGAUCCGUCGCGUCUCGUGUCGUCCGGAUUGAUGUCACACUGGUGGCGUCCAGAAUGUCGGGUAUCAAAUGAAGGAAGUCCGCUGUGCACUUCGUGGUGUCGAUUAGUAGCAACGUCAACUAAGGAAUCCGCUGAUUCGGUAAACGCUGGACACAGAAGUCUGUUUCCAGAGUGUAUCCUCUCUUGUAGGCAGAAGCCGGUGACCGACGGCCUCAGAGAGCAAUUGUUUGCGAGCGACUGCAGAGUAUCCUGUCUGUCGAAUCGUACCGUACACCUGCCGCAGGGACCAUACAAAACGUGUUCUUUUCGAGCAUUUAGACGGACUUUACAAUGUAUGUUGAUAGGUUUGCUUGUCAAGCUGUCGUUGGUACCCGUCCCGUCCGGUGGGCAAAUGACGUUGUCAUCAGCGGAUUCUUCUGUUAACGUGGCGGGGUCCGCAAUAGACGAAGGACAUUUCUCAGACCAGACACAGGGUCCAGCGGGUGAAAUAUCUUUGGUUGGUGACGCGUUUUCCGAGAGUCUCCAGAUACAAGCGGACGAGGCUCAGGCAAGUAGCGAUGACAGCAACGGAGCCCCGUUACGACAGGAGUUUCCUGUCAAAAGUAGUCAGACACUUCCACCCGGGAUGAACGUUCAGAAGCCGCGGAAGCUCAAGUGCUCUCCAGUUCAAUUAAGCCUCAACCUUUGGGCAGCCAGUAGUACUGUCGAUGUGGGGAAUGUGAGGAUGAAGGCGGUGGGGUACCGGGGCCGCGACGGAAGGAAUGAGAAGCCGUCAGCAAUUGAGAAAGGUAGAUCGGAGGACGUGGAAACCGUUAACGGGUGUGCGCUUCCCGGAAGCUGGUUGACCCGCGCCCAUUUUGAAUUGCUCCCGCUAUCCACUCGACUCAACAACGGCUAUUAUGUGCGUUGGUCCAGCCCGUCAGUUGAGUUGUUGGACGGCGGCAAGGGAGACCGUGCAACGGGUGCCAAUUUGGCGGGAAAUGCUGGACGACCGAGGGAGCUACAGCAGGUAGAGGGGGAUGAGCACGAACUUCCAGAGGAAGAGCGUCCCUCGGAUAACCUCUUGUUCACCACACAAUUCGUAUGUACCGCUGCGAAGGUGCAGUCGACAUCGGGAAAGCCUACAGUUUUGCUGAAUCUAUCCAAGUCCCUCGCUUCUCCGGGCUCAACUCUUCGAGAGGCUCUGCCCUCAGCUAUUUUUCGGAACCGAGUGCGAGAGUUGCCUACAAUUCGGCGAGCAGGCUUCGCACUGUUAGACUGGUUCGUCGUGCCGCCCCGGGGUAUCUCGUCCUUUUCCCGUGCUGCAGAGGGCUAUAGACAAAGGAAAGGCGGUAGCAGCACCCUUGGAAUACGAGUGCUUUCUCGACAAUCAUUGCCUGCGCUAAAGAACCCCCCUGGGUCUACUGAAGGUCCUCCUUUUUCUUCAGGAGCCCAAUCGGCGGAAGCUCUGUCAGCCGCGGUGUCUUGGUCGGAGGAGACUGGACAAGGUAGCACUGAAUUCGACUUCUCCGCCGCACCGGCGCGGCCUUCCGUUCCUCUUUCGUCUGCAGAUGGAUGGGACAGGGGUAUCGUGCCUGCCAUUAAGAUUUACUCAGGUGCCAUAUCCGCGUACUUAGUGCCACUGUUUAUCGGGUUUGUCCUGUUGAUUGCUGUCCCAUUCAUUGUCGUCGGUGCGUUUGGGAUUUGUUGUCGUCCCGACCACUGCGAUGGCAGUGUGUGCUGUCUUGGCUGUCUUGGCAAGCGCUGCUUCUGGCUUUGGUGUCAUCGCUACCAGCCGACGUCUUCUGGUGGUGAUGGCGCGUCUUCGCACAGCCCCCUGGAGAGCAACACCACCGGAUGUUUGGCCCCUGUCGGAUCUACCUCCGUACACCGAAGUGCGGUUCGUCCUUUACAGCCACUACUUCCUCUCAGCAGAGAGGGGACGACUGGCCUUCGCGCAGAUUCCAGUGGGGACGAUGUGGUAGUCAAGCAAGGCGGCCUGCCUACCUUUUGGGCUCCAAGACCAGCUGCAAGGGUUACUUGCUUGAUUCUUCUUUUUCUGACACUUCUCGGGGUUGUCAGUUGUCUUUUAUUCGUUUUCAGCUUUUCCGUUCAGCUCCGACAGGCUGUCGACGACGCAGGCUGUGCUGCCACUGAGUUUUUUGUUCAACUCGUUCACGGUGAUUCCGCGGUCGGACCGGACCUCCCUGGCCCACCUGAAACUUUCCCAUCGACUUCGGCAUCUGCGGCACCCCGGUCCGUAGCGGAAGGACCGUCGCCUGUGAAAAUUGUGCCUUCUACAUAUCAUCUGACUGCAACGAAAGCACUCCCCAACCGCCCUCUUACUCUUUUCCCAGCAUUGCCAGCUUCCAGCCUAUACAAAGUGCGCGGCAGUCCUCACUUUCGCCCUAGGGAUACGGCGACGCCACUGUUGGACACUAGGUCCGAGAGAGAAGAAGCACAGUGGGGUGGGAUUCGGCCUCCCUUCCUCUCUGACAAAUUGUUGGAAGAUGCCACGAUCCUUUUGUCAGAACACCUCGGCGAGGAGCCCGGUGCGCUUCUCCUAGCACGCCAUGGCGCGAGACUGUUUCGGCUCAGCGAACUCGCAGCGAGAACAUGGGAACGAGGAGCGAUAGGCGAAUCGUUAGUGGGACUGUCUGCGCUCGAAACUAGUGAAGUUGGCAAGGAGAUAACGAAAGAGCAGCUUGGUGCCAGGAGUUACGACGGUGGUAGCAAUGCCGAAGGCAUGCGCAGGAGGCGUCUCUCGUUGUUCUCCUCUCCGUACUUCUCUCCGUACUCUUCAGGUGGUUCUUUGGCAUCGUUGCCAGAGGUGGUAGGGCGGGAAGCAACCUCUAGGGAUAUGCAGAGGUUUCCGGACGGCAGCAUCGCUGGUGGUGUGAACAAAACGGGCUCUGAAGAAGCUAUGAUAAAGCCGCUUCCCUUACUUUCACCAAUCUCUCGCAGGCUAAGCGCGGAUUCGAUGUCACCACAAAGCAGGGAUAGCGAGAAGGGGAAGAUAAAGAAGGGUUCGUCUCCAAAACAGCCGUGGUACGUCAAGGCUGUCAAUACGAUAUUGCAGUGGGGACGGUUUUUCGGCUUCGGUAGAAAGAAACGUGGAAAAAAGGGAGACCGCAAGAAGGCCGGAGGCCCCAGAGCACCGCGGUUGAACAGUGAAGGCACGGGCAGUGAGGUAUAUACAGGACCUCGUCAGCAAGUGACAGCAGACCCUGCUGUGCAAAGCACAAGUUUCGAUAACGGGCCAAAAGAGUCGUCUGGACAUCCGGAACCGCCUGGGGAGUUUUUGACCGAAUCUCCCGCGUUUCUGUCAGGAGAUCGGAAGCAAGAAAAUCGGGAUCCUCAGUCUCAAUUGAAGGGCGGACAGCUCUCUGUGCAACCACGCGAAACUCUUUCAGAGGCAACCCGCUCUGAUCUCUCUGAGGGGGCACCAGCAGAGGCACGCGCGUCGCCAAGCACCGGCAACCCAGAAGGCGUAAUGAAUCCUUCAUUCUUCACUUCUGCUUUGACCAAUGCCGAAGUUCGUGAUCCAGAGCAUGUCUUCCCGUUGGAGUGGUCCGAGGGCGGCAUGAGUCAGCCGGUUCCAGAGCAGACAUCGUCAGAACAUGAAAACACAGAUACAUCCGAAGACGAUCAGGGUGCCUUGUCAACUUACGACUUUUCAGAAGAAUCAAGCGCGGUGGGAAUAGCGAAGAGAGAGUCUGAAGGCAAUGCUGUACCUGGCGCACAUCUCCCUUCACAGGCUGAUCAGCCGCUGAGACCGCAGCUUGCCACAUUUCCGAACGAGGUGACGCAUGCGUCGGCAGAGUUUGUCGGUGCGCGGAGUACGGAGACAUCAGCCGGAAGCCUUCUGGGGCGCGAAGGAAAUGUCGAAGCUUCAGGCAUUCGAGACCCAGCCUCAGUGCUGGUGGGCGUGGUGGCUGCAGUCCGUGAACUGGCGGCGAACUUGCCAGAGGAGAGCCAGACACGCAGAGCUCUCGAAACGGGUGAGAAUGGCCCGGGUGUUCUGCCGCCUUUGCACGACCAGCUGGAAGGCGGUGCUCAUCUUCGUCAGUAUGCAUGGGGGACUUCAAGGAGUGAAGGCGGUGUACAUCAAGAAGCCAGAGGAAGCCAAAAGGGCGGAGACGAGCCGAGAAAAGAAGGCGGUUUUGCAGGAUUGAAACCCGCUUUGAAGCUGCUGAAACAUAUUCGGGAUCUCUCCGACGGAGAGUCACCACGAGGCUUGCAAAAGGUGCUGAUGAAUGCGACGGCAACGGGUCUGGACGCCAACACCGACAUUGCGAUUCUUGAGGAGCAUCUCCAGAAUGCACGCAUUAUGGUAGAGGAUCCUUCGAACCAAACCCCGGGCCCUGCUGGCGAACGGUUUCACCGUAGUUUGGCGUUUGCAAUUGCGUCGCCGACAUUUACUGUGAUCCUCUCAAGAAUUCCACGUUUUCAUCAGCAUGUCCGAGAGCUCAAGGAACAAUGUCAGGAAAUGAUGGUCGCAGUCAAAGAUCUUUCAAGUGAACUCCACAGUUCCCUGAACGGUGACUUGUUCCACCAAGUCGAUGACGCCGUUGAGGACAGCUCUGACAGGGUUCAAAGGGGCAUCCGGUUCCUGGACACGGCCAAGCCGCAUGCAACAGUGGCCUUGUAUGUUCUGACGGGUUUGAUCGGCGUUUUACUCGUGCUCAUGCUCGUCUACCUUGGCUGCCUGUGUUUCUGGUGGCAACCGGGAGAAACGAAGUGCUCCACAGUCCCCUCUCUCGUCUUCUGGCCCAUUGCGCUUUUCCUCGCCGUAUUCAGUUUCAUCAUCGGAGGUGCACUUCUGGUUGUCUCCGUUGCUCAAGUGGACGCUUGCCUUUUCCUUUCAAGGGAAGUGCAACACCCUGGUGUCGUAGAAGCCCUUGCCCUUUCUUGGGCAUCACACCCUGGAGACGUUGACGCGCAAAAAGCGACUGAGGCCGCAAAGGCCUGCUUUGCCACCAACACAGACAAAGAGCCUGUGGAGAGAAACCUCACUAAGGCUCUUGGCUUGCAGGACUUCUCAAGUUCAGUUGGAGAGUUCGAGCAGUCUCUGCGACGGGCGUUCGACUCUGUCAACCUGCAUAUGAUGGAUCAGUUUCUUCUCGGCAUUUCUUUUGCGCAUGCGGUUCUCCAAGAUACAGCUUGGGUGUUCUUUUUCGACACGUAUGCUCUCUCUUCACAGGGAGCUUCGAGUCGAACCAACACCUACCUUCCGGUGUUGUACAGCGGCUUACAAGACAAAGCCCGAACAUUCAGCAGUCCCUUCGAUAUUCCUACAGCCAAACUCGUGGGCCCGCCAGGCGUGAAGCGUGAGGACCUGUUGACGUUGCCUCCUAUGAGCGGGUCAUCGGAGAAUGUCCUUGAAUACCUAAGAGUCGAAUUACAGCGAAUUCAGGCCAAGCGUAAUCGUGCAGGCGAGACUGUGUUCACGGAAGCCAACGGAGAGAAAGAUACGGCAACGGAAGCAAGUCAAACGCGUUUGCCGCCGGUACCGGGUACAUUCGGCGAGGACAACGCAAGCGGAACAUUUCUUUUGUACGGCUUGUUGGACAUUGAAGAGUACAUAGAGCCGUUUUACUUUGAGACUCUUCAUCGGGAUGAGCCAGACCGCUUGGCGCGUUACAGGAUUGACGAGUUUUUCUCAGUAGAUGCUCCUCAGAUCCAGGCGGAAAUUGCGCGACUGAAGCCGGAUCCGGAAGAACGAAUCAAAUACGAGAACGCUCUCUGGUUAGCUGCUGUCAAGCAGCGCCUAAGAACCAGGGGCAACCCGAAUGGUUCUCAGCCGGGUAGAGAUCGUGAUGCUGAGAACACGGAGGCGACUGAAGACACACGUGCCACAGCAGGCUCCGCAUCCACUGCUAUGUUCACUGGAAAUCCGCUCUCUACACCUCUCCAUUUACCAUUCCGGUGCUCAGACAAGAUCCAGUUGAGUGAUGAAGAACUGGAACUCGUGCGCGCCCAAGAACGCGACAGUACCAGGCGUCUACGUGAUAGCAUCGAUGGUGUCGAUAAGCGGGUAUGGUCAGAGGAGUCUCAGGAGGCUGAAGGUGAUACUAAAAUUCUUCUCCCUUAUGCGCGGCAGUGGCGCCGGUGUGACUAUGACCAGUGGAUGGAACUUGUCGAGAGCCAGGAAGCAGCUGACCUUCUCGUACAGACUCAACAGAUCUAUGACCGCGUUCAUAGUUCAAAGAAACGUGCCGAAGCUACAGUUCUAGCUCCUGCAGUGGACACCCUCAAGCGAACCCAAAGCCUGCUGAGCAAGAUGGACUGCACGCCAGUAUUUCAGAGAUUCCAGACGGUGCAGCGGCGCAUGUGUCACGACACUGCAGAGAGCGUAGGUUUAAUAGGCAUCGGUUAUCAGUUCCUGGGCCUCGCAGCUCUAAUCAUUUUCAUUGUUCUCUUCUGUGCCUGGCAAACCCUGGUUGCAAAUCGGCGACUGCAGAAGCGCUGGGAAUCGCGUGAUACAAACAAGUCGUUGCCAUUAUGCAACUGGACAGUUUCACCAGAAACCCGAGCUGAUUCACGAGACAGUGGUAACGGACGUGAGGCGCCAUGGCGGUGUCCAACGCCAGAUAGCGGGCAAAGUGACCCUGACAGCGCUAGCCGAAAUACUGCGGAAUCAGUGGACCCGACGGUUUCUCCCCUUAAUACAAAUUCAUGCUGGAGGAAUGUCCGCCGGACCGGAACGAGAAACAGCAGAGUUGACGAACACGGGAUUGAAGUUGAAACGCCAGAACCCACUAUGCAACAAGCCAAAGCUUGUGCACGCCGUGCCCACAGAGGGAGCACCCUCCUGCCGCCGAUACCAAGCGAGCAACAAGCAUCCGUGGAUGAAACCAUGUGGGCACACUUUGAGAACGAAGAACGUCCUGAGUGGCUAGUCAGGUGAACUGCGUGAAGCAAAUUAUAUAGGAUGCUUUCAGUAGGUUACUAGUUUCACUUACUUGUCUGCGUCGGCGUCUGUGUCACGCCAGAGUUUUUCGGUACACAUUCAGGAAUCAUAAUAUCCCUCCUCCUCAGGCAGGCUCCUGAAUGCAGGAAGUCAUACAGGGAGACUGUAUAUGUCUGACAGAAUCUUUUUUUCCACGUCAUGCAACACACGUUUGUGUGUACAAGUGAUCAACUCUUUCCUAGCACACUUCGCCUUUGUGCAAGCGACUUAUAAUAUAUGGUCGCAAUUCACAGUGGUCAGGUUUGACACCGUACCUUCUACAGAAAAAGCGUUGUAUGGUUUCAAAUUCCAAGGCUACUGUUCCGUUGCACAGAGUAUGAGAAGUGUCCAUGGUCCUUUUAAACGUUUUUUGGAAAGUGAUUAAAUUAAGACGGCUACUGCUUCGCGAAAAUGCAGGAAACUCAAUUGGACAAGACGACUCCAAAUUCGACGAGUCCACUGCAUUACUGUGUCAUUCGUGUCGUGGCUCGGUACGUACUCAACUUAUGUAUUUGAUAAUCUGCCGUGGCGAAAGGACUCGUCUCUUUCACCCCGGCUGCUAAAUAAGGCAGCCCCAUCUAGCGUCGGAUACUAUGCUUCGUCCUGUCAAUGGAUCUGUUUUGCGUCCGCAAAUAAGAUGUUUUCGGUGCUCAAAGUCUUCUCGCACACAGGCAUCCGUUGGUGCCCGCCGUGUCCAACCAAAGAAGUGUCUAGCCUUUUGUGGGCAGUGCGAUGAGUUGGAAGAUGGACGGAAUUUGUAUGUGUGGCAGUUGAAUACACGGUUGGGAAGUUGAGCGCAUACAUGUGCGCCGUCGGAGAAAAGCUGAGGCGUGUGGUCGAGAUUUUUGCUCUCAGCGAUGGAGGUGCUACUGUGCCACAGAGAGCCUGAUUCAUUGCCUGUUCUUUUCGGUGUCACCCGGUAGUUUUUCGGUUGUCAGAGACUAUGCAUCCCCUCGAGUUGCUGGUUUUCUUCUUUUCCUGUGCAAGGCCUUUCCCAGCAAAAUAAUAUAUCAUGUCGCGUUGGAUCUGAGGGAGCAACGGCGCGACACGUUUGCUCGUGUAACAGGUAGAUUCGUUUUUGGUUUGUGGCCCGGUAGACCUGCAAAUCUUAUCAAGGUAAUACAAGGGUAGCAUGUGCUCAUGCGUUGCAUUUGGGAAAUUGGCCCGUUGUUCGAGAUCAUCCCAUUUCCUGAACUGCGGUAAUGCUACAAUUGAAGCGCGGCUCCUUUUUAAGGAAACGAAACCACCUUCCAACCCUGGUUCUGGUGUCGCAGUCCGGUAUCAUUCCAAAGAAAUUGUUGUGGCGAGACUAAACAAGCGUUCGCUCGA